AUGUUUUUUUUAAUAUAUUAUUUUCUAUUUUUUACUUUAACAUAUGGAUAUAAAUGUUCAUUUGAAAAUUCAACGAAAUAUCCACAUAUAUAUUUAUGUCAAGAAAAAUUAAAUACAACAUCAAUACGUAUAUGGUUACAUAUGAAAUUCAAUAAAACUGAAGCUGAACAACAUUUCUUUUUAUAUUAUGCAUUUACAUUAAGAGUAAUGGAUCUUACAAAUAAACAUGAACUACAAUUAAAAGAUCGUUUCGAAAAACAAAUAAGUGAUUAUGUUAAAAUAAAUGUAAAUGAAAAAGAAAAUAAUACAAUUAAUAUUCAUAGUCUAUCACCAGGUCGUUAUGAAAUAUGUGUGAAUUUUUUAAGUAAUAAAAAUAAACAUUUUUAUUAUCGUUCAUCAACUAGCUGUUUAUAUGUACCAUGGAAUAUACCUGAAUAUGAAUAUAAUCAAGCAAAUCUUAUGCAAAUUUUACUUAUUAUUAGUAUUAUUAUUUUAUUAGCAACAAUUGUUUUUUUUCUGCAUGCUGUACAUCAAUAUUUUAUAUCAGAUAUACGUCCAAUUGUUAUGAAUGGAAAAGAUGAAGUUACAGAUAAUAAUGAACGUGCUAAAUUACUUGUUAAUAAACAUUUUGUACAAAAUGUUAAUCCAUUUGAAUUAUUAGUUCGAAAACGUAUUCAUCAACGUUAUGCUCAUCGACUAUCUGAUUCCAAUGGCAUGUGA